UCCUGAUCCUACUCUGAUCUCUCUCUAGUUUUAGAGUGACACCUCACUCUGCUGUUACCAUAACAGCCAUGCUGCUGAGAAUCUUCGGAGCGUUGCUCUGCAUACUCGUCGCCAAUGGCGAAGUCAUGCCUCAGAAGGAUUUCGACCUGAAAGGGGUUGCAGGGAAAUGGUAUCUGAUUGGCUUCGCCACCAACGCCCAGUGGUUCAUCAGCAGGAAGGCGGAGAUGAAGAUGGGGACAGCCCUCCUGGUGCCUACUGCAGAGGGCGACCUUGACAUGACCUACUCUAGCCUAAACUCUGAUGGCACCUGCUGGAAGAUGACCCACCUGGCCAAGAAAACAGACACGCCUGGGAAAUUCGCUUUCCGCAGCCAGCGCUGGGGAAAUGAGAAUGACAUGCGUGUGGUGGAUGUGAAAUAUGACGAAUAUGCCCUGGUCCACACCAUCAAGACUAAGGGAGGGGUAACCAGCGUGCUGAACAAACUGUACGGUCGUACUCCUGACCUGAGCUCAGAGGUGCUGCAGAAGUUCAAGCAGUUCUCCCUGGACACUGGGAUCCUGCCAGAGAACAUUGCUGUUCUUCCAAAAAAUGACGAAUGCCCAGCUGCGUAAGUGGAGAGCUGCUUCCUCAUUCCAAGCCUCCGAGCAGUUUCCGCUCUUCAGCUUUAUGCUUUAGGACACCAUAUAUGGCUUUGCACCUUCAGGCCAGCGGAGACUGCAGCGCAUUCACACCUGUUGUCACCACUACCUGCAGCUACGCACCUUGCCGAAACACACCAUCCGCUCACCUGAAGCACCUCUCAAUUAUGGUAACACCAUGAGAGAGAGAUUUUUGAGGUUUUACUAAAGGUUUGCCAACUCUCGUGUAUUUGUCAUGACACUCAUGCUGUGUUGAAGCCUGUUCUUUAGGAUUCAAUGUGCAAGUGUCGAGGUGAACAUGAGUCGGCAACUGUGCCGUUACUGGCUUUUUUUCCCAAUGC